AUGAAGGACGAGUUACCUCUUCCAGUGGCGGGGGUAUCCAUCCUCGUGGAACAGCUGGGAGCGGGGAUAUCAGCUGAUGAUGCAAGUGCCCGUUCUCGUCGGACAUUACGGCGAGACGCACACUUUGAUGACACAAGGCUAUCGUCGGACGAGCGCCCGGCGCGUUCUUAA